AUGAAUUCCCCAGCACUUCUCUCGGAGGUAUUCUCAUUGAACGAUCCCGUUACUUCAGAGGGUGACUAUAUGAACACCCAUGUGACAGGGUUCGUAACGGACGAAGACGACAAUAACCAGCGAGUCGGAGGUCUCGUUUCUAUACCUGACACCAACGGCGUGAGGUACCACACACAGCAGCCUGUGAUGCAGGAUUUACAUCAGCCUCUCGACCCCCUUGUCGCUGCGCUUCCUCCGGGUCCGGGCAGCUUGAACUUCAGUCCAGCCGGUUUCUGUACCUUCCAUACCAAUCUGCUGCCUGCAUGUCUGUCUUCCGAUGUUUUGUCCUUUUUAUCCGAGCUCGUGCCGUUGAAGUCCUUGCCUCUUUCGCCCCCCGUUUCGAUUGUCCUUUUACGCAUCAUGGUUUCCGCGCUGCGCCCGGACUCAUAUGAUAUCUUCUGGUUUUAA